AUCCUUCUCCUUUACUCACUCUCCAUAAACUCAAUUUCAUCUCACUUCCUCCUUAAAAUGGCUUCCAAAUUUUUUUCUUUAUCAACCAUUCUUAUCUUCUCUCUCCUCCUCUGCUCUGCCCUGGCCACCCCAUGCGACCAACCCAAAACCAAGCCGGCGCCGGCCGUGCCAAAAGGAAAACCCGCCAUCCCCAAAAUAAUCCGGCCGCCGGCGGCUUCUUCUCCAGCAGUACAAUCGAGUUACUGCCCAAAAGACACUGUGAAGUUCGGUGUUUGUACCGACAUUCUUGGAAUUGGGAGUGUAAUUGGAAGCCCUGUUUCGAACAAAUGUUGUGCUCUGCUUACUGGGCUGACGAAUGUUGAAGCUGCCGCUUGUCUCUGCACUGCCAUUAAAGCCAAUGUCCUUGGAAUUGACUUGGAUGUCCCUGUUUCACUCAGUUUGCUCAUCAGCUCUUGCAAGAAAACUGUUCCCACUGGCUUUCAGUGCAAAUGAUCAAAGUUUGGUUUUUGUUUUAUGAGUCUUCUUUGUUUUUGUUUUUGUUCAAGUUCUGUGGGUCAAUAAAUGGGCAAGAUUUUUUUUUUUGCCUUUUGGGUCAGAUUAGUCUCUUUUUUCUUUCCUCUGUUUUUUAUUUCACAAGUCAUUACUCUCUUGCAAGUGUUAAAUUAUUUAUAUGUGUGGUGAGAAGGAUACUACUAUCAAUUUCAUCCUAUGAUUUGUAAUAUUUUGUUUCAUUAGUCUUUGAUGGUAGCUUUAAAUGUUUAAUUUAAAUUGUACUCCCUUUCAGAUUUUUGUUUA